GCAGGAGCGGCGGUCGGGCCGUGGAAGGCGUUUGUCUUCAACCACAAAUGGGUGUCGGUGUGCGCACACAGCUCGGGGCUGUGCUCCAGCUUGUGCUGACGGCGUGGCUGGCGGACGCGGUUAUCACAGCCAACAGCAACCGGCCGGACCUUCUGCCGACGGACUGCGGCCGCCGCCUUGUGCGGCCGGACGAGGCGCUCCGACCGUUCAUAGUCGGGCCGGGCAACACCUCCGCCUAUUAUGGCCAGUACCCGUGGCAGGCGCGGCUGGUCAUGUACGAUGCCAAUGUGAAGGGCUACGUACAUCACUGCGGAGGCAUCAUUGUCUCGCAGGAGCACGUGGUGACGGCCGCCCACUGCGUAGUUGAGGUGGUCCCCCGUCGGCUGCUGGUGCGUGUCGGAGACCUCCGAUUUGAUGACCGCGAGCUGUUCGAGCAGGAAUUUGCCGUCGUCAGCUACCACGUGCACAGCCGGUUCGGCACGGGUACUGGCUUGCGGCACGACGUGGCCCUGCUGCGGCUACGUCGCCGCGUCGGACCCGGCAUCGAGUUCGGCCGCUACGUGCAGCCGGCCUGCCUGCCGGCAGACGACACCGAGUACGAGACGUUUCUGCCAUGCGAGGUGUCCGGCUGGGGCCGCAUCGCGGAUCUCGCGCCCAUCUCGGACGUGCUGCGCGGCGUCUCGGUGCCGCUGGUGUCGGACGCCUUCUGCGGCGCGCCCGAGAUCUACCAGGACCGCUUCCUGCCCGGCGGCAUGUUUUGCUCGGGCCCGACGGGUGGCGGCGCCGACAGCUGCGAGGGCGAUUCGGGCGGCCCGCUGGUGUGUGGCGACGCGGACAGCGGCCGCUUCGUGGCGUAUGGCGUCGUGUCGUCUGGCGACCCGCUUGGCUGCGGCCAACGACCCGGCCUCUACACUAAGCUGUCGGCCUACGUUGACUGGCUGUUGCGCCGCCUUGAGCUGGACCAGGAGGAGGAUGCGGCCCCGAGUACGGCAGUGACCGCAGCUCCAGAUGCCGCCGACCGGCCUCAGGGCGACCUAGGCCGGCCUUGUUCCACCCCGGACGGCGCAGCCGGCUUUUGCAUUCACUUACGGGACUGCCCCGACCUACUGCCGGCGGGCGGAGAGGACCUGUUAGUGACACUAAACCGGCCUCUCUGCGGCCUAGACGCGGCCACCAGUCCGCUGCUCUGCUGCCCCGGACGGGAACCGCGCCGCGCCGACUGCGGACGGACCAGCUUUUCGCCACCGGCGCAGCUGGGCGCCGCGUUCGCCAAAAACGCCGCCAACUUUCCCUGGAUGGCGGCCAUCUCCCAAAGGCGAAAGGGCGGCAGAGGUACGCCGUUUUGCGGGGGCGCCGUGAUCUCUGACCGAUGGGUGUUGACGGGGGCGACCUGCGCUCACGAUGACCGCCAGCUGAGUGUGCGUCUCGGUGACCUCGACUUGCAGGACACCUCUGACGACAAUCCCAACGCUCCUUCGUUCGAACUGGACAUCAUAAAAGUUGUGCGACAUCCACAGUUUGCGCCGCCGGAAAACGGAGCUCAAGACAUUGCCCUGCUGAAGACUGCGUCAAAAAUUUCGUUCUCCAGCACUGUGGGCCCUCUUUGUCUGCCAGACCCAUCCCUCACAUCGACUGUACCAGUGGGAAAUGACGUCAUCUUCGCGGGCUGGGGCGCGCCCAGAUUUGGUGCCAACACUGCGCUCUUGUCUCUGAAAUGGGCCAGGGUGAGGGUGGUGGAUUUCGGAGGUUGUAGAAGCAAUUACACGAAGAUCCGGUCACACACCCAGUAUUUUGAUGCAGGCUCGUUUUGUACGAAGUUUAUUGAAUCAACACCGGAGUUCUCGUGUGCCAUUAAUGGAGGCGACCAGGGUUCUGUGUUAAUGGAAGUUGUCAGGGAGGGUGACAUCACGAGGUGGUAUGCAGUGGGGUUGGCUGUUGCUGGAGUCGGUUGUGGUAGCGAAGAGUUUCCGGAUGUCAACAUCGCGCUUGGACCAUCAGUGGACUGGAUCCAAUCGGUCAUCGCGACGGCAUGAUAAAUGUUACCUUAAGUUGCCUGUGCCAUUCAUCAGUGCAACCGCACACCCACACCUCCGUUUUUUUCAGCAGAUUUCUAGUGCGGUGCGUCGUAUGAACUGAGCUCUGUUAAGCCGGCUUUUAUGUGAGCAGACGCCCAAUACAUGUCAGCA